CUUGAUGGAUUUAUAGAAUUAGUGUAAAAUCCGAUAUUAGAGCAUCGAAUCUCGGUUAUUAAUUCCUUUUCAUUCGAAAUUGAAAUGGCAGAUGCUUACUGGAGAGUCACCGACGGCCUGAUACAUCCGGUAUCUCUUCCUCCGGUCCCCUCAAAACGCCCUCGGACCGAUCAUGAUGUUCCAAGUGGUCCUGAGAUGCCUGGCCAUCAUAGCCAAAAUGAUGUACAAGGAAGGCAUCAUGCCAUUAGAGAAACGGAUCCUAUUGAAACAUCCUAUGAACGAUACUUGCGAAGCGGGCAAACUUCCUCGUAUGCUGGGGGUGAAUCUGCAAGAUCCAUGAAUAAUGGAGUAACCAGUCAUCCUAUCGACGGUCCACGUGUUAUGGGUACUGUGGGAUCAGAGCCAGUUGCUGCUAGAAGCAGGGCCACUGGGUUUGGAGGUGUUAGACCAGAAGUUCCUCUUCCACCUGAGGCUAGCAGUACAUUGUUUGUGGAAGGGCUGCCUGCUAAUUGCACCCGAAGAGAGGUGUCACAUAUAUUUCGACCAUUUGUAGGUUUCAAAGAAGUUAGACUGGUGAUCAAAGAAUCACGAUAUCCAGGAGGACAUCCGUUUGUUCUUUGCUUUGUUGAUUUUGUGAGUCCAGCCCAUGCAGCCACUGCGAUGGAUACUUUAGAAGGUUAUAAAUUGGACGAGCAUGACCGUGAUUCGCCCAACUUAAGGCUGCAAUUUGCUCGCCGUCCUGGUGCCAGGUCAGGUAGUGGGUAUCGCGGAAAGCAUUGAAUUAUGCGUUUUUACAGGUGAUAUGCUAGACUAUGUGCGGUUGACCUUUAUUACUAAUGACCAAAGGCUAUGUUACAAAUUCAUCGAUCGAGCUAAAUUUUGGAACGACCCUCUCUGUAGGACCAACUUGAAUUUGGAGAUUACAUGUGUAGAUGUUAUGCCAGUAUUGCAGUUUUGUGUUCGACAUCUCUCUGUGAAUGGGUGGUUUCAUUAGGACUGGCGCUUUUUCUCUUUGCACGGGAAGAAAUGGUAGUAGGGUUUUAGCAUUUAGCUUUUAUUUCCGUAUCAAUUUCUGCGCUGCCCUUUGCUGAACACGGGAGUUGUUAUUUUUCGUAUCCUGAUUGAUGACAGAUGAUUUCAGUUUUAUCUGCCGCGUAGGAUGUUAUUUAUACCAUUGUAAUUUUAAUGAUAAGUGGGAGAUGCUGUGUUACUAUACCAUUGUUAAUGAUCAUGUGGUAAUUUUUCUGAA